AUUCUGAAUGCACUCACUUCAAGAGACUGCAGUUCAAAGUAGCUUCAGGUUGAUAAAACAGCUUAAAACCAGACUAAUGCUUCCACGUGAAACUUUCAAUAACACUAUGCACUUAAAAUGUUAAUGUAGACAUUGUGUACAGAUAUGCAGGCAGGUAAUGCUGGGCACCAAUAGCAAAUAAGUCACAGCUGUGUUGAGAGAAAGGGGGAAGACUAAGAGACACAGGAAGUGAGAUGUUUUUUUGCCAGACUUUGACUGCUGCUGCCAUCCUCUUUGUCUUUCAUCUGCAUCGUCUCUACAUUUGUGACAUUUGGUGACGAGGGGGUUGAUAACCCAGCAGCUCGGUGAUAAGGUUCAGACGGAGGACGUGUGAUGAAGAGUGAUCCUCUGGGAGCUGUGCAUUUACAGUAAAAUUUGAUUAUCCGAGAGCGUGGGGCACAGCAUGAGCUUCAAUGUCAACAUUUGUCAAAUGGAUUCUGAUUCUGACUAUGAGAAUCUCAGAGAAGGUCAACCAGGUCAGGGCCUCAUCCUCAGUGAACCAGCAGAUAGCACCCAGGGGUCCCCUGAGACCCUGCAGUUGGAUAUGAUUGAAAGCACAGAGAGCUGGUCGUCCUCAAGUGACCACAUGAGGGAUGAGGCUCUUGAUGCUGAGCAGAUCACAUCCCUGCGGAGGCACCACUGGUCAGCUGCCACUCAGAAAGUCCUCUCUCACAUGCCGAGCUGCACCACUGGGAAACAUAAUGCUGCAGAAAUGUCCAACAAGAGGGACCAGCUGGUGUCAGACCUCCGAGGCCUCGCUGUGAGAGAGGGCAUGCGGAAGCUGCGGGCAAUGCCACUCAGCCUGGGCAAUAAGAUGGAGCACAGGCGUCUUGCUUUCAGUGACAUAGCUGAAGGUUCAUAUACCAGCAGAAAUAUUCCAUGCCGCAGUGGUCACUGUGGGCGCAUUUCAAGGACUUGUCGUCACUGCCUGUUCAGCUGCCUCACCAUCCUCGGUUCCCUCCAGCUGUGGAAUUCAGCCAUGAAGAGGGUGAGCGGACGUUUCGGAACCGGAGUGCUCUCCUACUUCCUGUUCCUCCGAACCCUCCUGUGCUUGAACCUCCUGCUCUUCGUCAUCAACGGCCUGUUCGUGGUCAUCCCUCAAGCCAUCUACCCUCCUCCUGGUUAUAACUCGAACCUGGACACUUUCACUGGCCUUGAGCUUUUAACGGGCACGGGCUACCUCUCUCAGAGUGUGAUGUUUUAUGGCUACUACACCAACACCAACAUCACAGUUUGUCAUGCUACUCAUUCGACCCAUGGUUGCCACACGGUGCCAUACAACAUACCUGCGGCCUACUUCCUCACCAUCGCCUUUGCUUUCUUCAUUAUCUGCAUCAUCCUGGUAUACAGCAUUUCCAAGUCCUUUGGGAGAAGUUUUCACGUCCUCAAGUCGAAUGGUAAUCUGGCAGUCAACGUUUUCUGCGCCUGGGACUUUAAACUAAGCAAGAAGACGUCUGUCAGAUUUCAGUCAGAAAAAAUCAGCAAUCAGCUCAAAGAGCUCCUGUCUGAGAUGAUUACAGGAGACAAUGAAAAGAGCUGCAUCCAGAGACUCUGCCGCCUCAUCGUACACUUGCUGGCGUGGACUAUGUGUCUGGCAGGCAUCUGCCUGGGCGCCAUGGCGGUCCACUACAUGUCAGAGGCCACCAUUAAACCCGUUGGAGACGCUAAGGGGCUUCUCUUGUCUGCAGUGGUGUCAGGCAUCAACCUGCUCCUCCCAGGCCUCUUCAACCUGUGUGCGUGGGUCGAGAAACAUGACUCACCCAGUGUCUGUGUCCAUGUCUCCAUUUUCAGGAACCUGUUGUUGAAGAUCACUAUUGUUGGACUGCUGUGUUACCGCUGGCUGGGGAGAAUAGCUGUGGAACCAGAAAGGCAGAAUAUCAAGUGCUGGGAGAACUUUGUGGGACAAGAAGUGUAUCGCUUGCUCCUGAUGGACUUUAUCUUCACGUUGCUUUACACCUUUUUGGGAGAGUUCCUGUGGAGGCUCUUUUCCAAGCAAGUGCGGGGAAGGAACAGAAAGCCAGUGUUUGACAUUGCUCGUAAUGUGCUGGAGCUCAUUUAUGGACAAACUCUUACUUGGCUCGGAGUGCUGUUUGCUCCACUUCUACCCGCAGUGCAAAUUAUAAAACUGCUUGUGCUGUUUUACAUCAAGAAGAGCAGUCUGAUGGUAAACUGUCAGGCCCCCAGAAAGCCCUGGAGGGCCAGUCAGAUGACAACACUGUUCAUCACUAUGUUGUGUAUCCCGUCAUUUGUCAGUGCUGCCGUGGUUGUCACUUAUACAAUUUGGACGAUUAAACCCUCAUCAGGGUGCGGACCUUUCAGGAAUCUCGACACAAUGUUUAAGUCAGGGAAAAUGUGGGCCCAGGAGCUGAAGGAGGCCAACCCAGUCUUGUCUUGGCUCGGCUGGGUCUACAAUUCUCUGGUGGAGAACCCAGUUUUCUUAUUCCUCGCCAGUGGAAUCUUUUUAUUGGUGAUAUACUUUCACGCCCAAGUUGUUGAUGGCCAAAGGAAAAUCAUAAGUCGGUUGGAAAAUCAAAUUGAAAACGAGGGUAAGGACAAAAAGUUCCUUAUUACCAAACUGCAAGCGAUUUGUGAACAGAAUAGUCUGGUUUCUCAUUGAUAAGGUUGUGGCUGAACAGCCCAUCAGUGACACCUCUGAUCCCAUCUCUGCCAAGAUUGUUGUUGUUUUACUCUAUAUAUACUGUACAUAUAUUGUUUGUAUACUAUAUGCAGAAUUAUGAUAUUAAAUGUGUUGUGUACAAAGACAAAAUACAUUUACUGU